AUGUUUUUUCUGUCCUUUGGCCAGGAGCAGUACACUGCACAGUGGGCAGUACGUACUGUUACCUUUUCUGCCGAUUAUGGUGGUGGUGGCGAUUAUGGUGGUGGUGGCGAUUAUGGUGGUGGUGGCGAUUAUGGUGGUGGUGGCGGCGGCGAUUAUGGUGGCGGCGGCGAUUAUGGUGGCGGCGGCGAUUAUGGUGGCGGCGGCGAUUAUGGUGGCGGCGGCGAUUAUGGUGGCGGCGGCGAUUAUGGUGGCGGCGGCGAUUAUGGUGGCGGUGGCGAUUAUGGUGGUGGUGCCGAUUAUGGUGGUGGUGCGAUUAUGGUGGUGGUGGCGAUUAUGGUGGUGGUGCCGAUUAUGGCGGUGGUGCCGAUUACCCCAUAA